AUGUUGAGCUCAGUCGGGAACAUUGGUUUGGAUGGGAACAAUAAGGCUGAGACCCCCCGGCAGGCCAUGCAGCUGCGGCAUGUGAACCUAGAAGACGGUAUGGUACUUGUGGCUACAAUUCACUCGGACGGUGACAGUGGAUACGUUCUUGGGAGAUGGAGAAGUGUGAUGGAAAAGGCAAUGCCUGAUCUGGCGCCGCCGACCGUCGGAUCACAGUGGCGGCGUCACCAAAACCACAAGGUCAUCGCCACCCACUUGCCGUCGAACUUUCAAGCGGUCGAGAUAAACGUGGGGAAAUACAGUUCCCGGACACCUUGGCAAUCAGCCGGGAUCUGGAUGCGUAUCAGGAAGCAAGCUUCAGCAUCUGAUUCAACAAACAAUGCCAUAGGCCAGAGAUGCCGGUGGAUAUGUCAAAUCAGCGCUGACCAAGAAGGGAUAUUUGGGGACGGUGUGAAUGCGGGAUUUGGGCUUCUGCACAUAAAUGAUUUAGAACGCGACGAGCGCAAUCAGCUUCCUCGGAAUCCAAGGAAUCAACACGAAAUGUACCAGUGCCAGAUCCGUACAGACAAAGAUCUCGAGAUCCUGAAAAAAUCCUUCGACAACAGUGCAGUCAAAGUCAUCGAAGGGAGCUUUCAGAACGAAAAGUUUAAGUUUGGAGAUAGACUACCGUUGCCCACCGAGAAGAUAGGACUGAGGCAACCCUCCUUUAAUAGGCCAAAGCAUACAUUCUUGACUCAGGAGUGGUAUCCUGGCUCCAGUUUCGAGCAAUCUAUCCUGAAGAUCAAAGAUGAAGAGAUGGCCUCGAAAGGGGUUACCGUCAAUGAUGAGUGA